GACAUCACUUCCUGUUGAUAUAAAGAGAGCGUCCAUUGAAACACCUUGUCUUGAAUGGGGAAAGGUGGUGCAGUCUUGUGUUAACUGGGGCCUGUCUAUAGAAGAAGGGAUGCACCGGUCCGACAUCGACAGGGGCUGGGCCUGGGUGAUUCUUGGCGUUUCUUUCUGCGGGUCGCUUCUUACAGGGAUGCAUGUGUAUUCGCUGGGAAUAAUAAUGGCCGCCUUACUGGACGAGAUUGACAGUGAUCUCACGAGAGUCUCGUGGGUCAGCUCUAUGUACUCAGCGUCCUUGACUCUUUCUGGUCCAAUCAUUGGAUGGAUCACAAACAGAUAUGGCUGCCGAGUGGCUAUUUUCUUGGGUGGAUGCUUUCAUCUGGCUGGACUGACUGGCUCCUAUUUUGCAACAAAUGCAUCUAUCCUCUUGGUAACAUUUUCCAUCCUCGGUGGAAUCGGAAUGGGCUUUUGUUUGUCUACCUCAAUCGUCAUCAGUGGCUACUAUUUCAAGAAGUAUCGCCCAAUAGCCUCAGGCAUAACUGUAUCUGGUUCCGCCUUUGGGAUGUUUGUAGGUCCUCCUCUUCUUCGUCUCCUUAUUGAUCGCUACAUGUUAAGAGGGAUGUUUCUGAUACUAGGAGCUCUAGGGGCUAACAUGUUUGUCCUUGGGAUGUUAAUGAGGCCUUCACCUACUGAAAAGAACAAAUCCAGAAGGGGACCUGAGAGAAAAAUUCUGACAACUCCAAUCAAGUCAGAAAUCGGUUAUCAAGGUUUACCUCUGCGCUCAAAGACGUCACUGUCAUUGUUAAAAAUGGGCCAUUUUUGUGUUACCUAUUCAGUACUUUUGCAUUUUCCUGUGGAGAAACUGCAGCCAUAUACCACUUACCAAAUUACGUCCAGCACCAAGGAACGUCCAAGAUGGCGUCUGCAACUCUGAUGACCGCAAUGGGCGCCGCGAGUCUCUGUUCACGACUCCUUACAGGGUUUGCAGCGUCAGAUCCAAAUAUAGGGACGGAACUGCUCCUCACAGGGCUGAUGGGAUUGACAGGAAUACUUUCCAUUACGUUUCCUUUGUACUCUGCAACAUUCGGAACCCAGGUGCUGUAUGCUGCAGGGUAUGGGAUGUACAGUGGUGGGAUCAACGCUCUGUUGACACCACUGACGGCGGAUCUUCUCAGUUUGGAAAGGCUGGCGAUAGGCUAUGGGUUACUCUCCUUCAUGGCCGGAAUUGGCUGUCUAGCUGGGGCGCCCAUCGCAGGUGUAAUUGUUGACAGUGGUGGAACAUAUACCCACAGUUAUAUAUAUGCAGGUACAGUGCUUCUACUGGGCAGCGCCGUGUCAGUGCCCAUCUCCCUCAGGGAUAAAGACACCAAGGAACCAGGGAUGAAGACACCAAGGAACGCCGUUACCAUGGACGUUACCAUUGACGUUGUAGCCGAGGCGGAACCGCUGAAGACUAGUGAAAUAUAGCCAUGGAAGACUGUGGACACCAGUGAGACAUUAAACUGGAUAAAGGCAUGCCACUGGGGCCACCCCCACAAAGCCUUCAUAGCA